AUGGCUCCUCGUUCUCUGGCUGAGGCCUUGCAGUCUGAGGCUCCCCUGUUUCAAGGACAUCAUUACGACUCAGGCGACGAGGAAUACGACCCGGUCCUGCAUGCGCCGCCCAAGAUGCGGCGCAAGUCUCGCAGUGUCAGUACCUCGUCGUACGACUCUGGCCAUGUGAGUGUCCCUGACGAUGAAGCAUCUGAGGACGGUGUACCAUCGAGCACAUCCCGUCGGUCGUCUGUUCAUUCCGCUGGCUUCCCGGAGGACCGUUCCGAUCUGCAUGACCCAGUGCCAGGCCUGGCAAAGACAUCGAGCAGUUCAUUCAAGAAGGCACCCCAUGCUGUCGAUCUAUUGGAGACCGACGACCAUGUCAUCAAAAAGGCUGUUGGCAAGUCCAAGCAGCCUACCAACCCCAAGGGGUGGGAUUCCAGUCCCGCGCUCUCUGCACCAUCCGGCUUCACUGCCGGAGGAGUGCCCGCAUUCAAGCUGAUGUCAAAGCGCGAGCAGGCUCAUCGCAAAGAGGCGCCGACUUGGGGUGGUCCGCCGGAGGCCAUAGAGGUGCUGAAUCGUACCCCAGCAACCCAUCGCAACAGGCGAGACUCGAGCGUUGUCAGUCAAGGCCAUGGGAACAACGACAACAUCAAUUUCGAUGCAACAACAGGCGAAGGCUAUGACAUGACGGUGCUUGCGUACAACACUCGCGGGAAGCUCAACCUUAUGUCCCAGACCGCCGAGAUCCAAGCCGUUGCGCGUAGCGCAAUUGACAAGACCUAUGUAUCUAUCAUCACGGUUAACGCCUACCCCGACCUUGGCAAGCGCAAGCAGGUCGUCCUGGAUGCUUGCGUGCGAGCGGCGGAAGAGCUUGGGCCGCGAUACCAGCGGAUUCUGGACCUGCUGCAGGAUGACACUCAGACUGAGUUCCGUAAGGCUGUCGGAGACAUUCCCGAUGGACGCAUCAGCACCCUACGCCGUGACAUCAAGACUAUUGCGUCUGGUCACUGUGUCGGCCACUACGGGCUUCGCCAGGAUUGCGAGACAUACGUGACAAACCUGCUCGAUGCUCAGCGCUAUGUGUUCGCUGGGGAGCAUGUGGCUGACCGUGUAAACUACAAGCUUCCCUGGCGGCAGCAUGCUAUCGCGGCUGUCAUUCGACAGGUGUUCUUCACGGGGAAGAACAACUUCGUUAACAGCCACCCAUGUCUAUUCUGCACGACUAUCGAAGGCCUCGAUGACCAACCUGAGGUGCCUGCGGGCAUGGUCGCGCUUGUCUGUACAGCCAUCCAUGCAUGUAUCGCCGAGUGGUCUACCGGGAAACAUGUUGAAGAAGAAUUCUCGGGCAGUGAAUGGGCCGGUACGUACCGUAUACACAAGAUGAUGCUGGACCACGUCCGUGAGAAGGAACCGCUGUUCUUUCACGAGACGAUGCACUAUAUCUACAAACAGGCGGACUCGUCUACUCGAAACGGAUCGUCGGCUGAGUCCAAGCAGCCCAACGCCUUGGCGCUGAUGGAUCUCUCGGCGCUUGCAUGA